AUGGUGUUGUUGGGCGACGCGUCGACGUCAUGCUCAGACCGCGAUAUUGCGAUAAAGAAUGGUGUGGGCUGGGUUGAGUACCGUACCGCAAGCUGGCAAUAUUCCGAACAUUUAUCUACAUCGUCUUCACAAUCACUGCAUUCUCCAUACUUCAACGACCCGCGUUCCUGCGCUUUUCUGUGGCUGAUCAUGCCCCGCCGCGGCCCCAACGCAGCAGCCUCGACUGACACAACCCCCACUACAACACUACCAGAGAAGACUGAAUGGCCAUCAACAUUCACUGAUGGCCUCCCACUCCCCAAGAUGGUCGUUUUCGACCUGGACUACACAUUAUGGCCCUUCUGGGUUGACACGCAUGUUUCAGGACCGCUCAAACCUACAGAAGGCGGCCUAAAGGUCAAGGAUCGCUAUGGCGAAGGCUACGGCUUCUACAACGAUGUAGGCGGCAUAUUAGAAGCACUCAAACAAAAAUCCAUCCUCAUUGGCGCCGCCUCACGCACCUCGGCCCCAGACCUCGGUCGCGAGAUGUUGAAACUGCUCAAGAUCCCCAGCGCAUCUGGGGCGUCCACACGCGCGAUAGACUACUUUGAUUACCAAGAGAUUUAUCCUGGCGAUAAGAAGACGCAUUUUCAUAGGAUACACAAGGACAGCGGUGUUGAAUUUGAAGAGAUGCUGUUCUUUGACGAUGAGAGUCGGAACAAGAAUGUGGAGGUUUUGGGCGUUACGAUGCAGCUCAUCAAGGAUGGAGUGACGCGUGAUGAGAUUGAUAGAGGGGUGCAGAGCUGGCGUAAGAGGUAUGGGCGGACGAAGCCGUCGAGUUGA